CGUUUCUAUAGCAACGCAUAACACACUGGCGCGAGCAAGUCAUGGUCCGCAUCAGCGAGGAUCUGAUCCGCCGCAGAGCAGAACACAAUAAUGGGGAGAUCUUCUCCCUGGAGGAGGUUGCCCUCCAUCAGCAGGACAUCGAGAGGAUCGAGCAUAUCGACAAGUGGUGCAGAGACCUCAAAAUCCUCUACUUACAGAACAACCUCAUCCCUAAGAUAGAAAAUGUGGGCAGACUAAAGAAGCUGGAGUAUCUAAAUCUGGCUCUGAACAACAUAGAAGUCAUCGAGAAUUUAGAAGGCUGUGAAAGCUUACAGAAACUAGACCUGACAGUGAAUUUUGUGGGUAAGCUGAGCAGUGUGGAGUCUCUGAAGCAGAACUUUCAUCUCAGAGAGCUCUACCUGGUGGGAAACCCCUGUACUGAAUUUCAUGGAUACAGACAGUAUGUGGUGGCAUGUCUGCCUCAACUACAGUGGUUGGAUGGGAAAGAAAUCGGGCGAGGUGAGUGUAUUCAGGCCCUGCAGGAACUGGAUGCAGUGAGGAGAUGUGUUUUAGAACAGGAGGCGGAUUAUAUAGAGAAAAGAAAGGAACAGAAAAGGAGUGGUUUGAAGGAGACAACAGAAAAGCAGGAGGAUCUUCAAAUAAAUCAAUUGCUCUCUGAGAACCAAAAUGGGACCCAUCAGAAUCCAGAAUCAAGCUCCAAGGCUCACACAGACGCCGAGGAUAAAGAGAAGGAAUUUUGGGAAAAGCCGUGCCCAUUCACACCAGAAUCCAGACUAGAGGCCCAUCGCCAUCUGGAGGACAAGAGGAGGGCCAAAGAGAAAGAGAGAGAGAAGCCUAAAAACAAAACCCUCAGAGCUCUGAUCACUGCAGAUGGACGAGUGCUGAACAUCAACGAGCCCAAGUUGGACUUCAAUCUCACUGAGGAUGAGAACAACUGCAUGCUUUUGGAUUUACAUGUUUACAGACUGUGUAAAACCUGUCCUUUAAAACCCAUUCUGUUAUAUUUGUGUUUUUUGGAGGCAAUUGGAGAGAUUAAACCAAAGAAACCUACUGCCAGGCCGACCAGUGUUACCAGUAACCAGAAUACCAGGACAGAGACCAGGCCAGCGCCAGGGCGUGAAUUAUUGGAGGUGGAUGCCGGUCUGGUUGGGAGUCUGGCCAACAUUGUUCCCAAAGGAAAUGAGUCUUCCCACAAGUCCCUGCAGCUCUCUCAGCAUCCCCAGCGCUGUGGCGUCGAGGAGAGGUCUGUGUCAAAGGACUUCGUGGACGAUCCAGAAGUGCCUCCACUUAUGUGAGCGAGACAGAG